GACAAUGUCACAAUCUCCUGAGGAGGUUUUGAGAUCAUUUGGAUGGAUCAAUUCACAAACGAGAUAAAUUUGGAUGGAUCAAUUCACAAAUGAGUCAUGUACUACGAAUCAAUUCAAAUUAUUUUACAUCCGCUCCAGACAAUUGAAAUUGCAUCGAAAUGAAUAUGAAAUUGAAAUAAUACAAGCCAACUUAGUACAUCCAUAAAAUUUACUAACUACUUCCAAAAAAAAAAUUUACUAACAAAUGAGUUAAUUUGAUCCCAUUUACUUAACGAUACAUUCUGAUCAAAUUUAUCAUUACAAUUACAUAUCCAAGCUAUUUGUGAAAUUACUCUUUAACUCCUACUCGUUAAAGAAAAAGGAGAUAGCAUGAAUUAAAGCCCAUACCUCCCUUCUGUUAUGAACUAAAAAGCCCAUAAAAAAUAGCCCAAUAACUGCCGCACCGUCAUCAACCGAGUCGCACCUCCACUCCACUAGUCGUCUUCUUCAGUCCCAAUCGUGGCAAUAGUACGGAGCCGGUGACGGUGGCCAGAAAAGGUCCGUCGGGUCUUUAUCUUUUCAGAUUUUGAUUUCUGACUGAAUCCCAUUUCAGAUUUUGUUUAAUAUUAUUAUUCCCAGUUUACCCUUUCAAAAUUUCUCUCUUCUUCUGUCCCUUCCUCGCGACUUUUUUCACAUAAACAAGACUUACCGACCAGGAUACCGAUUUCUCCACCCACCAAAUUCCCCAAUUCCGCAGCUCCCUCCCAAUAGCCUUCUUUUCUUUUCUUCCUUCUCCGCCUUAUUAAUCUCGUUCCCUGUAAAGCAGUGAGAAAAAGAGGGAAGAAAACCCAUCAAAAGCUCCAAAAGUUCCCACCUUUUUCUCCAGCAGGCAUUUUGAAAACCCCCGCAAAACGACGAAACCAUCCGCCUCCCUGCUUGCUCAGAAAAACGCGUGAAAUGGCGAUCCACUAGUACGACUACAAACCCUCCAUCCAUCAUCAUUCAACACAGCACUCCUCCCCAAUCUGUUGCUGUUGUUUGAGAUUAGCGCUACUGCUAUCAUUCUGUUCCUUCUGACACUCUCUGCAGCAAGAAAACUAACCGUAUUAGAAAAAACAAGCUCUGGCUGUAUUCUUGUCUCUUUCUUCUCACACCUUCUAUCCAUUUCAGUAACCGAAUCACCACACACUACUACUACUACCCCUGUUGUAGGCUAGGCUUUUGUUGCCAGUCCGCCCUUUUGAUUUGGGGAAGCGAGUGGGCGGCGAUUUGCUGCUGCAGGAGGGGUUUGGUCUUUUCCCCACUCUUUACUUUUUUUGCUUGUUUUGUUUCGGUAGCGUGACCUCUCGCUGCUCUGCCUUUUGCUUCUUGGGUUGUGCAAAUUGUUCUCUGUUUCUUGGCUCAAAAUGGAUCUGCCGACGUUGGUGUGUGAUUUGAAGUUUGAAGUGGCUGCUACAAGUUAGGACCUUUUUUUGGUACGGCUGAGAGAUUGAUUGCAGAAGUAUCAGUACAGUGCUCUGCUUUCUUUUUUACUGUCUGCUCUCUGAGUACUCUGUUUGGUUGCCCAGAAAAAAAAAAGUUGGGGGAAAAGGUGGGAAACAAGGAGAUUUUGAUUCAUUCGGUACUCUGUUUGUCAUUCCCUUUGUUCCAUCUCCCGUUCAGUAAAGAAGAAUUCUUUGGAGCUUUUCCCUAUUCUGGUAAGGCCCCAUGUUGAGAUUUUCUGUUUCCUAGUCUCUGAUUCCGAUUCACUGCUUUUCUUUUCUAACCCUUCUCUGCGGAUUGAUCUUCUUUUGUCAUUUGCUCUGAAAAAUCUUCACUUAGAUUGAUUUCUACAGUCAUUUUCAUUGUUACUUUCAGAAGAUUUUUUUUUUUGUGGCGGAUCUGUCAUUUCAUUUUUGCUCAUUAUCCAUCUCAGGUCGAAAUGUCGCUGGCAGUUCGAGCUCACGCCCUCCAUACCGCUCCGAAAAUGGGGAAAACCAGCCCCCCGAACCGAGACUGGACGCAGAUCUACGCAAUCUACGGGAUGGAUCAAUGGCACACUCUGCUCUUCCUCCUGUUCAACGCCUUCCUCUUCUCCCUACUAUCCGUCCUCUUCCUCCUCUACUUCGACCCCUUCUGCAGCUUCCUCGAAUGGGCCUUCCCUCUCCUCUUCGCAGCCGGCGGCGGCGCCGCCCGCUUCGCCGCCGGGUUCACCGGCUGCGUCGCCGCCCUCUCCUCCGUCUGCCUCUUCGUCGCCGCCGGCAACUUCUUCUACAGCUCGGUGGCAUUGCAGCACGAGAUGGCCCAGAGGAUCGUCGGCCACGUCAACGACUGGUCGUCGGUGAAGCUCGCCCUCGACAUCGGCUGCGGCCGCGGGAUUCUGCUCAACUCCGUCGCCACCCAGCUGAAAAAAACCGGCAGCUCCGGCCGGGUCGUCGGGUUGGACCGGUCCAAACGGACCACCCUCUCCACCCUCCGCACCGCCAACAUGGAAGGUGUGGGGGAAUAUGUGACUUGCAGGGAAGGAGACGUGAGGAGCCUGCCGUUCGGGGACAACUACUUCGACGUGGUGGUAUCGGCGGUGUUCCUCCACACGGUGGGGAAGGAGUACGGUCACCGGACGGUGGAGGCGGCGGCGGAGCGGAUGCGGGUCCUUGGGGAGAUGGUUCGGGUCCUGAAACCCGGCGGGAUGGGAGUGGUGUGGGACCUGGUGCACGUGCCGGAGUACGUUCGGCGGCUGCAGGAGCUGAAGAUGGAGGACAUUCGGGUCUCGGAGCGGGUCACGGCGUUUAUGGUUAGCAGCCACAUCGUUUCGUUCAGGAAGCCGAGUCAGCAGCCGAUUCCGGGUAUGGGUGAGCAUCGAAGUUAGCAUGUCUUGGCAUGAUUCACGAUCGAUGAAUUACGUGUGUCGUGUUCCACGAUCAGUUGAUUCACGAUGCUGAUAAUUUUAGAUGGUAACACACGUAUCCUGAUUCGUAGUAAAAUCGGUAAAUGAAUAUGGGUAGAUGAGAAGGUUGAGGGUGGGGAAGAGGGGGCAUGUGAGGGCUGCCUGGCUAAAAGGAUGUAAACAGAAUGGGGGGGACCUUUGAAAAUGGUGGAUUGUGGGGUGGAAGAGAGUGAAAGAGUUGAGUGGUUUUGAGAUGAUGAGUUAUGGGGUCAUAUGUCUCUCUUUGGGCAAUAGAAAUGAUGAACUAAAAUUUCUCUCUUUUAAUCUUCUUCUUUCUUUCUUUUUUUACCUUUUGAAAGUGAAAGGGAUAUGUGGUUUGAAUGAGUUUGUUGCUGUUUGUUACUAGCUUGUUGGUAGCUGAGGAGUGAAUUGGGUUGGGUUUCUUUCUUGGAGGUGAUAUUAAAGUUGGCUUUUUUUUUUUUUUGUUCUCCCUUCCACCCACUCACCCACCCAUCAAUUCUAACAGUGAGUUUUCACUUACUUUUCUACCCACAAGUGAUUCAGAUCACAUCUCGGCGAUUGAAGUUGAUCGUAAAACCGUAAUUGCAUUCAAAACUGUCGAACGAAAAACCAUACAUUCGCGCGACAACAAAUUUCACCCUCUCGACUACGAUCCAGCCCAUUUUAUAGGGUGAAAGUUAGCUCUCUGCAGCUAACAGAGUUCUGGACCAUUAGAACAGGGCUGAAGCCAGAGUUCAGUCACACUCACUGGGAUGAAUUAUAAUAUGAGUACACUAGUAAUAUUAUAAUAAUAAUGUGACUCAGUUUCUUCUUCUGGUCCUGGAUCUAUAGUUAAUUAGUGAUCAUUAUUCAAUACAUGCGGCUGAGUGAGUGAGCUGUGGGGUGGAAAUGGCAGUCUGGUUGAUUGAAUAAUGAAAGUAUUAUGGCUUUGCGUAUGUGGCAACCGCAGAGUGGAAACCGACAGACAGUUGAGUGAUCCAAUUCCAAACUCAGCGAGAAAGAGGGAAGAAGGGAGAGGGAUCUUUUGCAUUAAGGCAGCCAUUGAUUGAUUGGAUCGAGUGGGUUUUCCGGUUCUAUUGGGCAGAGCAGAGAGUCCCACCCCUCGUGACCAAAGUGUUCAAGCUUACUGCAGACAUCUUAAUUGCUGCAUGUGUGCGUUUAUUCUCUCUUCCUCUUCCUCUUCCUUCAUUUGCAGCAGCAGUACCAUGUGCGUUCCCUCUGUCAAAAAGGAUUGCACAUUUCAGUGCAUUUCCCUCUGAAACUGUGUAGUUUCUUCUCCUUUGAUUGUGUUGCAUGAAAAGUUGGACUAAGACUAGACCGACUAUCGAUCGACGGACAACGCGUAACAAGUCGCGAGAGGGUGCAUUUUGCCUAUGGUUGAGCAAGUUCAUACGUGUGCGCGCUAUAAGGACAUGACUGAGUGACAUUGGAGGCUUUAUAUCCAGCCACGACGAUCGGGCGAACGAUUGCGACGUAAACAACGGAUUAAAUGCGGGCGAUUCGAUUGGUUAGCUACCAAGUUGAAACACCCAAACACUAUUUGAAUUUGUAAAAGAUUUAGACUGCAAUCUAACUCCAACUAAUAAGAUUCUUUCCGUUAAUAUAUAGGUAACCGGUCAAAACCAGGGGCGUGUGUAGAGUGUAAUAAGAGGGUGCCAUGGCAUCCCCUAGAUUUGGAAAAAACACAAAAUAUUAGUAGUAUUAGUUAGUUGAUGGUGAUAUCAAAAUCCUAAAUCUUAAUGUCAAUCGUCAAAUCUUCUACCAUUAAAUCACAACAAAUUAAUAAAUUAAUUUUAUCCACGAAUUUCUACUUUAAAAUUAGUUCCUAUCAAUGUAUUUGAUUGUGAAGAUAGAUUUGAUUUGCAACGAUCAUUUGUCAAUCCACAAGUUAAUAACAUUUUAUGCUAUGA